AUGCCACGAAUUCAGUAUGAACCACAAGAAUAUGCAAACAUGCAUUUUGUUUAUAGGGAAUGCAGAGGCAAUGCAAACGCAGCCGCAGCUCUUUAUAAGGAGAAAUACCCUAAUGCGCGCCACCCAGAUUAUCGCGUACUUAUAAGAGUCCAUAGUUGUUAUUCAGAAGGAAAAAUACCUGGUAGUAGUGUCGGUGGGUCUAGCGCUGGAAGAAUAGCUAAUCCUGAUUUCGAAGACAUGGUGCUUCAGGAAGUCGAGCAAGAUCCGUCGACUUCUACACGAGCAGUAUCUCGACGCACGGGCAUUUCAAAAUCUACGGUGCACAAUAUUUUAAAAAGAGUAUCGAACGACCAGCUCGAAGAACUCUUAGAGUUCCUUAGCGAGCAUCCUACCUUGGCCAAGGGAGUUGGGCUUGGAGCAAGAUCCAAGGAAGCUGUCGACAAGCAAUGGGACAGUCUUGCUACAAAGCUCAAUUCCCAUGGUUCUGGGUCGUCGAAAUCUGGACAACGAUGGAAAAAGUACUGGGCUGAUAUUAAGCAUAAGAGCAAGGCUAGGCUAGCUAAAUGGAGAAGGGAUGCUUUGGGUACUGGUGGUGGUCCUUGUAGCCAAGAUGACCUCUCCGAGGUAGACAAGAAAAUCUUGUCUAUCAUCGGGGAGCAAGCUGUGUUUGGUGAUACUGAGCACCGAAUUCCAUUUAUCAGUGAACAGUUAACACCAGAACCAUCAACAUCAUAUGAAUUACCAAAUAAUAAAGCAGAUGAUGUGCAUAUUAUGGUGUUAACAGAGCCCGUUACUGUGGCCUCACCUUCCACAAGAGGUCAAACAUCCAACCUAUGCACUUCCCAAAUUCCAGAAACUGGUUCUGUAUCAGUAAAAAUGGACAUAAACACAGAACCACCACUGACUGGAUUAGAUAGUCCAGUGGCGCGACCACGUAUCUAUCGCCCACGAAGACUUAAUAGCCCUUAUAAAUCUAAAACUACAGUUCAAUCUAAAAUUGACCCAGAAUGGGUAAAGGGACUAGAGAAUCGCAGAGUUGAUGCAGAGACCAAGCUUGCAGAGGCUGCUCUUAUUAUGGCAGAGUCUACACGAACACAAGCCGAAGCAGCUAAGGUGCAAGCAGAUACGAUGCGAUCUCUUGUUGAACUAAUACGUGUGCAACAAGAAAAUAUCCAUGCUCUGAUAGAGCUGAUCAGAGAGAAGCAGGAAAAAAAUAAAAAUGAUACUGUUGAACAU